AUGGAGUCCUUAGUCAGACCUCUUGACGGUACUGACGCAGCGAGUGAGAAGGGUUCAGAUGUUAUGGAGUUAUCUAUCUUGUCUGGGGAAGACGUCAACAUGCAAAACAAAACCGUAGCUGCUGAUGGAGAAAAUAAUCACAAGAAAGACAUAGACGUUAUGGAGUCGUCGGGCCAACCUGUAGCAGACGACGACAACACGAAUAAUGAGUCGGUCACCACACAGUCGUCUCAUGAGGGUGUACUGAACAAGACCAUAGAGGGAAAACAUCAGGACGUCGUGGUGCCGUUUGGUUCAUCCACAGAUGUUGAGAUGUCCAGUGAAGGUGAUCAGGUCGCUAUGGAGUCUUGUGACGCCCCGGAGAAGAAGGAAAACACUCACAAAACAGUUCACGGCGUCAUAGAAUCGUUGUUCCAGAUGUUAGAAGCCGAGAAUGAAAAUUGCAAGUAUCCAGUUAACAUGGAGCCGUUCUCACAAGCUGUGGAACCCGGGGGCCUUCCUGACGAAUAUACAACCAAUGAGUCGCCUGACGUAGCGGGAGAAGAGAAAAAUAUGGGAGAUACAGCCGCCGUGGGGUGGUGUGACGCAGGUGGAGGCGGCACGAGUCAAGGGGGCAUAUCUUCCGUCAUGAGGGAGGCGCCUACUCAUCCCACACCUGCCGUGAAGGAGGAGGAGAGAGAACAAGGACGCAAGCCCCGCCUCGGAGAGUCUUGGUGCCCCGUGUGUGGCCUAACACUUCGCCCCGGGGAGCUGGAGACUCACUUCACCCAAGAGGUUGAUAAGCUAGUGCGCCUCCCCCAGUCCCGCCGACCCUCCCAGCGCCCGCCCACGCCCAGUCCCUCCACGUCGUCAGAGGGCAACGGUGCCACGCCCAGGACUGUCAGGACACGUUCAGGACGAACAUCCAGCAAGCAAUGGGAGAUGUACCAACGAGUGAAGAGCAACAGGCAGGUGAGGACGAGGGUGAAGAGGCGACGCAACAACACGGCAGGUGACUCAAACGACCACCAGCAGGACGAUGAAUACUACGAUGACGACGAUGAUGACGACGUAGUACAACGUAGGACCUGCCCCGUGUGUGAUAAGAAGGUCCUUGCCGAUGACAUCAACACCCACAUCAGCAAGUGUCUCAAUCAGGCUGAGGACGAGGAGGUGGAUGUGGAGGGUGAGAAUGAGGGUGGCAGCCAGUAUGAGGAGUAUGAGUGGUGUGGCCAGACUAGAGUGAGGGCUACCCAGAUGCUUCGAGCAGAGGGACAGCUGCACGCCUUGGGCACGAAAGUACAACAGGGGUGUGAGGAUGAGGUGGUGGAUGUGGUAGACGACGAUUCCACCAGCGUCUACGGACCUCCACAGUACACAGACGCCGACCUGCCCCCCUACAACCCGGACUCGGACAUGGACGAAGAGCCUUCCCCUUCCUCCGUCAGUAACCACACGACCACCACCCUCUGUAACAACUCCGAGAGAACUACCAUUGACUUCAACCUUAGCUCCAACACCAGCAGCGUCAGCACGUCGAGGGGGUCAUCAGGCAGUACCCACACCCCCAGCCUCUGGUCAGCGGACUCCAUCAAUCCACCACAGACCGAUGGACCAAGUGCCUCUAGUAUAAGCAACACCCCAGCCGUGGUGGAGGCGCUGAGGGCCAGACUACAGGAACUGGAGCAGGAUGAAACCUCACCCCGGGGACGCUACUCCUGCCGCGUCUGUCAUAGUGACUACAUGAAACCGCUGGUGUCUGUGUUGUGCUGGCACGUGCAUUGUGAGAGGUGCUGGCUCUGUGCCUUGUCAGCCAAAAAGUUGUGUCCGCAGUGUAGCGCUAUCACGUCGUCCAGUGAUCUCCGCCGCGUAUACUUCUGAUGACCCCAACUCGCCUCCGGCUUCUCUACUCUACCUCUUCAUUUUGCUUAGUUACCCUACCGCCCUCUUGUCUAUCUGUGAUGACCCCCAAUUCUCAUCUGACCUACAAUGACUUCAACUGCAGCACUCCCUCAUCCCUCUGUCAACUUGUGGUGAGCCCACAGUGUUGUCCCACGUCAAGUGAUGUACAAGAUUGAGACAAUAAGAAAACAGAUGAUCACAGAACAUGGUGAUAAAGGAUGAACUUGAAGAUAUCAGAAAAUCAUUAGGUUACAGCAGAAGAAUUUGAAAUUUUGAAAGAAAAUUUACAAGUUUUAGAUGGUCUACAGUGGCACAUGAGUUGGAUCUGGUAAAGACUUGUAUGAUGCAUGUAAUCCUUCUCCUUCAGUGGGUGGUGAUGAUGCAGUCGCAGCAGAAGGCACCAACUAACUUUAUCCUCCCACUGGCCACAUCCUUGUAUAACUAAACUAAAACACUUGUCGUCAGGAGGGGAUAAUCUAUCUUUUGGUUGAUGAUGUAGCUACACGCUGGAACAAAUGGUCAGUGUACCCUCAAGUGGUAGACCAUCGAAUGUUGGUGGUAGACUUUCCCAACGAUGGACCUCAAAACUAGUGGUGGACUUAACAAGGAUGCGUUGUGGUGGAAGGACCAAUGAGUGACUUACUGUGGUGGCAGGACCAAUGAGUGACAUCCGUGGUGGAUACUCCAAGAGUAAUGAUUAUACAGGGUGCUGUCAAUUCACUGCCAUUGGUUAGUUUCCUCUUGGCAUUGUUACUCAGGAUAGCUAAUAAGUCGUUACCUGUCAGGCGUUUCGUUCUGGUAAGUUCACUUUUAGUUAAUACCUGUAGUCAGCAGCAUUAUUGAAUUUACGAGUAUUUUAGUUAGUGUAAUUAUCGUACAGGAUUUAUGAUUUUCCCAGUCUUAGUUGAGAGGAGAUUUUAUGUCAAAACAGUAAUUUUAAGGGCAGCUGAAAAUGUUGAAUUCAAAGAUGCUCAACUUAGUUAAUAAGUACUGUAUUGGUCUCUGUAAAUAUUCCAUUUUAAAAGCAGUGGGAUUUUUUAUUACGAGUACAGUAUAUUUAAAUUUGGUCACGAAAUAAAAUCGUUGGAAAUGCAA